GGAAGUCUGUGCGAGCGCGAGCCGCGGACUGAGGCUGGGGAUGGAGUCGGGCGGCGAGGGGGCGGCAGGAGGGGUGGUGCUGCACAUCGUGGUGGUGGGCUUCCACCACAAGAAGGGCUGUCAGGUUGAAUUUUCAUAUCCCCCAUUAGUUCCAGAGGAAGGGCAUGACAGCCACAGCUUGCCCGAGGAAUGGAAAUACUUACCAUUUCUGGCUCUCCCAGAUGGAGCCCACAACUAUCAGGAAGAUACAAUAUAUUUUCACUUGCCUCCAAGGAGUGCAAAUCGGAGGACAGUUUACGGCAUUUCCUGCUACCGACAGAUUGAAGCUAAGGCACUCAAGGUUCGACAGGCAGAUGUCACAAGAGAAACUGUUCAGAAGAGUGUUUGUGUCCUCAGUAGUUUGCCGCUCUAUGGAUUACUUCAAGCAAAAUUGCAACUUAUCACGCAUGCUUACUUUGAAGAGAAAGAUUUCUCACAAAUUUCUAUUCUGAAGGAACUUUAUGACCACAUGAAUGGCUCUUUAGGAGGAAAUGCAUUGGAAGGAUCCCAGGCUUGCUUGGGUCUGUCUCCACGAGACCUAAUUCUUCAUUUAAGACACAAGACAGUAAUUCUAUUUAAGUUGAUUCUCUUGGAGAAAAAGCUUCUGUUUUAUGUGGCGCCAGUAAAUCGACUCGUUGGAACAUUGAUGACAGUUCUAUCACUCUUUCCAGGAAUGGUAGAACAUGGUUUGGCAGAUUCAUCUCAAUACAAGCCAAGAAAGAGCACCUCAGAAGAUAUUAAUCUUCAGGAACUUAGUAUGAAUACUGAAGAAUAUGUUUCUAUUUCUGAGGCAGACAUUUUAAACCCUAGUCCAGAAUUCAAUGAUGGAGCUCAAGAUGGAAAAGAUCAGCAGAUUAAAGUUACAGCUAAGGUUGUGAAAUUUUCAGAUCUUCAGAAAUCUGACCAAACAGACAGGCCACAGCAGCAUCUGCAACCUCCGCAACAUGCUUCUCCAAACUCUUCAGAGAGUGACUGGGAAACCUUGGACCCGAGCAUUCUAGAUACUGACAAUGGACUAAAGGAAGAAGGAUUGGAUCAAAUAGAGAAUUCAGAUCAAAAAGAAGUUUUUUCAGCAGAGUCCGGUUCUAUUCCAGUCACAGUACAACCACAGGCUAACACGGGACAGACAGUAAUAGUCCCAGGAUUAAUUUCUGGUCUUGAGGAGGACCAAUAUGGAAUGCCUUUGGCUAUCUUCACUAAGGGUUACCUUUGUUUACCAUAUAUGGCUUUACAGCAGCACCACCUUCUUUCUGAUGUCACUGUACGUGGAUAUGUUGCUGGAGCAACGAAUAUACUUUUUCGACAACAGAAGCAUUUGAGCGAUGCAAUUAUUGAUGUUGAGGAAGCUCGGAUACAGUUUCAGGAUCCUGAACUACGCAAGCUGUUGAACCUCACUACGGCAGAUUUGCGCUUUGCAGAUUACUUGGUGAAGCAUGUGACUGAAAACCGAGAUGAUGUAUUUCUUGAUGGGACAGGCUGGGAAGGAGGAGAUGAAUGGAUCAGGGCCCAGUUUACAUUCUAUGUGCAUUCCCUUCUUGCUACUACUUUACAGCCAGACAAUGAAAAAAUGUUGGCAGACUAUGGUGCUUCAUUUAUUACUGCAUGGAAGAAUACACAUAACUUCAGAGUAUGGUAUAGCAACAAGCACCCUGCUAUCACUGAAAUUAACCCAGGCCACCCAUUUCAGGGACAAUACAAUGUGUCAGAUGUCAAACUAAGAUUUUCACAUUCUGUACAGAACAGUGAACGUGGGAAGAAGCUUGGCAAUGCAAUGGUCUCUACCAGCCGCAGUGUGGUACAGACAGGAAAGGCAGUUGGUCAGUCUGUUGGAGAGGCAUUGACUAGUGCCAAGUCAGCCAUGAGUUCUUGGUUUUCAACUUUCAACCAGCAGACAGCAGCACCCCACACUGAAAGACAAACCGGAAAGCAAUAGCCAAUCAGAGCUGUGCUGUUUACAGUAGGCACUCUGUACCAUUCUGUUUAGUGAGCUGGGACUCUUAUCAUUCCUUUUAUUAUUAUUAUAAUUACGAUUGUCUUAUAAUGAAAUAAUGGUAGCAAAAGUCAGGAGAUCAUCUAAUUCACUGAUGGCCUAUUUUCAGUGCCGUUAUGAAGACUACACACAUCAAUGUUUUAUCUGUUCUCGAUAUACAGUCCCAAGCUGGACCAACUGAGUUCCAUGUUUCCUGGGUUCUCUUCUAAUGUCACUUUUAUAUUUUGGAUCUGGAGAAAUGGAAAAGAGAAGUCAUUGAUACUCAGCUUUGUCUAAUAGCACAGCUACCACUUUUAAAUUUGGAACCAGUUUGUUCUUUUUUUCCCCCACAGAAUGGAACAUACAACACUUUAAAGUAGUUUCCACGAUUGUCUUAUAAUGAAAUAAUGGUAGCAGAAGUCAGGAGAUGAGCCUGAAUCACAUUUUCUAGAUCUCUGCUACCUAAAUAACUGUAGCAGAACUGGAGGGGGGGAAUUGUCUAAUUGAAAGAAGCAUAUCACUUUUAAGUUCUGCACAUGAGGAACAGCACUGACACCAAACUUUUAUCAUUUGGUUGUUGGCAUGCCUCACUGCAGAGGCAAUGGGAGACCCAUUUCCAGUAAAGGUUUGCAGAUAUUCAAUGCCUGAAAAGUUGGCCACAUUUCGUUACUUGUUGCCGAUGGAGGCAAACAAACCUGUAAUGUAAAAGCAUUGUUAGUGGGUGAUGUGUAACUGUUUUCUCCUAUCACUGGAAAAUGCUACACCUGCACAGGUUUUUACUGUAGCCAUGUUGUAGCCAUGUUCUUUUUUCCCUGCUUUGUGUCAAAACAUUAAAUGGAACUGGUCAUAGUUGCACACACUAACAAAGCCUAGAUUUAACAUGAAUAUUACACAGGGGCAGCCAGGAAAUGUCACUUUUGAGCUAGUUUUUUUUGAAAAAUGUCCUUUAAUCAGACAUGAAAAUGUAUUGGAUUUAAUUGGUUAAUUACAACAAAUUGAGCAUCUGGUCAUCAUUUUUGAGUUGGGUCGUUAAUAUUCAAACAAAUUGGUAAACGGUUUACAUUUUUUACAUACCUUUUAAUGGCAGUCUGUCCAAAGCUUGUUUGAAAUUUUGAUUUCAGCAGUCAAUGUAUGAAACACAAGUAGCUCUUUUAUAAUUAAAACCUGCUCCUACUUUUGUACCAUAUGGGGCUUCUGCUUGAAAUAUAAAUAUGUCUUAGUUUUUAUUAUAAAGCCAAGUCAUUACCAAAAAAACUUUGCUUGUGCAAGAAGCAGUUGUUUGCUGCAUGUAUUUAAUUAUGAACAAGUUACAUUUAAAUUACUGGGAAUACAAUAAAGGGAAAAUGUCAUUCUGGGCUCAGCUACUGAGAACGCUAUCUUACUUCCUUCCCAGAUGUUUAGCACUGCAAUAUAGUAAAUCAUGAAAACUGAAAGUGUAUUAUCUGAGUGUAAUGCUCUCUGAAUGGCUCUUUUGUUACUAACUUUAGCAAAUGAACUGUUUGGUGAGAUGACAUUGUAAAAUAUUACAAAUAUAAAAAAAUGUGCUUGAUAUCAUUUUUACACUCACUGUUGCAGAGUGGUAGACAUGGCCACAAACUCAAGUGCAUUUUAAGUAGAAAUAUGGUUUAAAAUCAUGCUUCUCAACUUUAAGCAUGGUUGAAUUUUUACAUCACCUGUUCAGGCAUGUAUAGCUUGUUAUGGAAUAAAAUGUAAUUGUAUAUUUUGAGUAUUUUAGGGGAAGAACCUUUCAAUCUCCCUCAAAUUUCCCAACCCUAAACAUUUAACUAGUUACUAUUGCAGGGUCAACAUUCUUCCAUUCUGCUGACGGCCAUCUAGAUUUAUUCCACUUAUUAAAAAUGGAUAAAAGUGAAGGGGGAAAAGAAUAAGGCAAACUUUACACUUUAUUUGGAAAUUAUAUUAUGUUCUUAAGCUCACAGUUAAUACUUUCCGGAAUUAGGUGAGCAGGAUGCGUCCCUCCAAGGAGCGAGUGUGCAUCCCAUUCCAACAUAUUUCUGGGAUUUGCAUGUGUAGGUGGGAUGCAUAGAAUUCUCAGCUUGGGUUGGAUACUCUUAAGCAUGGUGAUGGGUUUCUGCAGACACCCAUCUGACGAAAAGAAAUUCAUUGAUCUGUAACUAAUUAUAACGCUCAACCCAGAUUUAGAGAAAGUCUGAAUGUUUUUCUUCUAUAGAUUCACCUUCUGUAAAUCCAGUGGGAGCACAGAUUGCAGAAGCAUUUUGAACGUUUUACUGCCAGACAAAAAAUAUAUAAUUUUUUAUUGCAGGAAUAGUUUCAACUAUGAAAUAGAAAAUGUGAAAAGUAUAGUUUUUCAGCUUGAUCUAUGCAGUGAUUUUGCUCAUACAGUCAAACACUUAAUAAAGUUAUUUUAUUCAAAAUAUUUAAAUUCUAUGUAAAGCUAAACCUGCGAAUGAGAUGUACAUGUUAUACUGCAGUUUUGAUUUGAUUCUAUAGAAAAUAUAGCUUUGCAGAUGUUUAGUACAAAUUCAUUGCAUUUCCACUCACUCAGUUUAAACAUUCUAUGGACUUAAGGUAUGAACUUAUUUGAUAUUUUGUGUUUUAAAUAAAUCUUAAUCUUGUAAUUAUGCCAGUGAAAAAUGUUUUUGCUGUUUCUAGGAUCUUUGCACAGAUGUACAAGUCAUGUUUAGUUUAGAAUUGAUUAAAUCUCUCAAAUUCA